AAGUUAAUUGUGGGCGUGGUCUUUAUUUCAGCGGUUAUUGAUCAAACCAGGUCUCAAUCACCAUCAUCCUUCCAAUUAGUUACUUUAUAAGCUCCCCAUUUAUGCUAAGAACAAGGCAUACGUUUGAAGUUUUGCAGUUGUUGUCUAAAACUUGAAUUACUUUAACUAUAAUAUGGGCAAAGAAAGGAUCCACAUUAACUUGGUCAUCAUUGGCCAUGUGGACAGCGGUAAAUCCACAACCACUGGUCAUCUUGUCUACAAAUGUGGAGGAAUUGACCAUCGAACUAUUGAGAAGUAUGAGAAGGCUGCAACCCAGAUGGGAAAGAGCUCCUUCAAGUAUGCUUGGGUGCUGGACAAAUUGAAAGCAGAAAGGGAACGUGGAAUUACAAUUGACAUUUCCCUGCUGAAAUUCAACACCCAAAAAUACACUUUUACCAUAAUCGAUGCACCUGGCCAUCGUGACUUUAUCAAGAACAUGAUCACGGGGACCUCACAGGCUGAUGCUGCUCUACUGAUCGUCUCUGCUGCAAAGGGUGAAUUUGAGGCUGGGAUUUCUCGCAAUGGUCAGACAAGAGAGCAUGCUUUGCUGGCGUACACCCUUGGGGUCAAACAGCUUAUGGUUUGCAUCAACAAAAUGGACUUGACCGAACCACCAUUCAGCCAGAAACGCUACGAUGAGGUGGUGAAGAAUGUUUCGGUGUUUAUAAAGAAGAUUGGCUUUGAGAUUGGUUCUGUACCUUUCAUACCUGUUUCUGGCUGGAUUGGUGAGAACAUGAUUGCCCCAUCUCAGAAGAUGCCAUGGUUCAAAGGGUGGAAGCUAAAGAGGAAAGAAGGCCAUUCAAAUGGCCGAACCUUGUUGGAGGUGCUCGAUUCCCUACUUCCUCCAGUGCGUAAUUUGGGCAAGCCACUGCGCCUUCCCCUACAAGAUGUCUACAAGAUUGGUGGUGUUGGCACCGUCCCUGUGGGUAAGAUUGAGACUGGGAUCCUGAAGCCUGGAAUGGUUCUGACCUUCUCACCAGCAAAGUUGACUGCGGAGGUCAAGUCCAUUGAGAUGCAUCACCAGGGGCUUGAAACUGCCCUCCCUGGCCACAAUGUGGGGUUCAACAUUAAAAAUGUCUCUGUAAAAAAUCUUCGGAGAGGUGAUGUAGCAGGGAAUGCACAGCAGGACCCUCCGUCGGACGUCAACAGCUUUAUUGCUCAGAUUAUAAUGCUGAACCACCCAGGCAAAAUCAAGGUCGGGUACUCCCCUGUACUGGACUGCCACACAACCCAUGUUUCCUGUCGUUUUGCUGAGCUGAGGGAAAAGCUAGAUCGGCGCACAGGGAAGAAACUGGAGAAUUACCCCCAGUACCUGAUGUCAGGAGAUGGUGCCACAGUCAAACUCAUCCCCAACAAACCCCUAUGUGUGGAGAGCUUCUUUCAUUAUCCACCUCUGGGUCGAUUUGCUGUAAGGGAUUUAAAACAGACUGUUGCUGUUGGGGUCAUCAAAUCUGUGGAGAAGGUGGACCAAGCCAAAAAGACGUCACAAAAAGUAUCAAAAUGAGUUGAUAAUUGUCCCUUUUAUAAUUUCUUUACCAGCAGUCUGGUAUGUGAGCCAAAAGGUUCUUUAAGUUGAGCAUUUUUGUAUAGUUUUAUGGAAUCGCACUUUGUUGCCUUAAAGUGAAGUCUCUUUUUAAAUGUGUUGAUGUAUUCAGUUGUUGUUCAACUGAACUUGAGGCCCAACAUGAGGUUUGGUAUGGCUGUAGAUAAAAAAAAGCUUUCAUUUUUGUUGCUGGACUGCAAAUAAAUUUAAGUUUUCACUUGUAA